AUGAACAAUUUGACUAAAGCCAUAUUCAAUGGAGAUUUUGAUGAAUCUUCAUCAUCUGAUGAUGAUAUCAUCAUGAUGCAACUGCAAUUGAGGCGGUCAUUGUUUGUUAGUAUCUUACAUGAUAUUCAACAAGUAAAUGAGUGCUUCAUUCAAACCCAUGAUGCCAUUGGUGCUCCUGGAUUAUUCGGUGUACAGAAGAUAACUGUAGCACUUCAGAUCCUGCAGUACGACGUACCUGCUGAUGCUGUAAAUGAAGGACGUGCCGCUGCUGCCAACUACACCAUCAAUAAUCACGCGUACACCAUGAGGUAUUAUCUUACUGAUGGUAUCUAUCCUCGUUGGGCAACGAUUGUGAAAACAAUAUCUCAACCUCAAGGCACAAAGAGACAACUAUUUGUGAGGAUGCAAGAGGCAUGUCGGAAGGAUGUUGAAAGGGCAUUUGGAGUGCUCCAUGCACGAUUUAAUAUUAUCAAAGUUCCAGCUAGAGGUUGGAGUGAUGAUGAUCUGUACUACAUCAUGAAGACGUGCAUUAUUUUGCACAAUAUGAUCAUUGAAGACGAGCGUAAUAUUCCAGAAAAUGAACGCAGUGCAGCACAACUUAAAACUGAUACCAAUAAUACCCUAUGUCAAGUGUCAUGCGAUCCAAAUGAGGAGUAUGCUCAAUUUAUGUUGAAUCGACAGAGGAUUAGAUUUACUGAAGCCCAUAAUGCAAUUUGUAAUGAUCUAAUUCAACGCUUGUGGUCCCGAGCUGGAGAGUUAAAUUAA